UACGAGCAGGAUCGCACAGGUGCCGCCAUCUCGGCGAGGGAAAUGGGCGCUCUAGUUCCGAUCCGAAGGAUAAGUACAUGUACCCACAGCUGUUUACUGCCGCCUUUAGCAAACGCGAUCUUGACGACUUCAACCCAGCAAACAAGUCCAGCAUCUCGGCAUCUUAGAGAGAUGCCCCGAAGCAAAAAACGGAAGCGCAGCGGACAUGACGCGUCGUCCAAUCACAGUCCCGGCUCGUCCAAGCGUUACACGCCCGUGAAGAAGGAUGUGCUGCAGCAGCACUAUCCACUGGUAUGCACCCUUAGGGAAUACGUCCUUUCCCAGCUCCCGGAUACCUCAAGGAUCAGGCGGAAGAAGAUUGCAGCCUUGGGGUCCGGCACAGACGCCAGUGAAGUCGAGACGCAGCUUUCCCGUCUGCUCGACACUGCCUUGGUCGGUACUGCGCCGUCGACUCCAAAGUCCGAUCCAGGGGCCUCCACCUGGGAGCAGUGGCUGUCCUUCUCCCAGAAAGGAGAUGAAUCGUAUGUGACUAUAUCUAAGGGAAUAGCUUCAUCGUUCGGCAAACAAUCCGAGAUUGUUGAUUUCGUCAUCUGGCUGCUGUUUUCGAGGGGAAAAGGACCGUGGCCCAAGCAUGUCCUUUGUGAUGGCUUCCGUAGAAGUGCCAGAGAAGAUCAGUCCGCCAGGUCAACCAUUCCCGGGAUAUACUCUUACUAUCCCAACUUCCAUGAAAAGGCACUAAGAGACGCUCCGUGGCCACACCUUCUGGCUCUCCUCGGCCAAGCCGGCGAGAAGGUGAUGAUCGACCUGCUUUCAAAGUGCUCGGUAUUCCUCAAAGUUGAUGCAGGCCUGGACAAUUACAUUCAGCUUACUGGUGUCCCCCUGUCUGAAGCAGAUGCCAUGACGCCAGAUGAUGGUCCAAAGUCUCAGGUCCGCAAACCCUCAGAGAUCACUCUCGUUCGCAGUAGAAUAUUCUAUGCAAAGCCGACUACAACAGCAAAGGGCUUAGUUCAUGCGGGUUUCAAACAUAUCCACGCUUUGAACCGCUACCCCUACACUCGUGAGGCUGCCGGCGCCGGUGCAGAUAGCCGGCAGUCGACAGAGAUCCAGCAGAAGAACGAGGCAAACACGAUCAAGCUCAUGAUGCACAUCUUUCCGCGCCAGUUCGGCCUGCACAACGUCUUUACUUCUGCUGUCGACACGAGUCAAACAGCCCAAAAGUUUCAAGACUAUACUUUCCGCGAGGAUGAGAUUAAGAAGCAGAUGGGGCUUGAUAGACGCUCUACUGAAAAGGGAUUUCCUAAGCUGCCUAGAAGACUGAGAGGCUCAACGAAAGAAUUUGUGCGGCGGUUGCAAGUUCUGCAUGCUCGGUGUUCUUACUUUGAGCUGCUGAAGCAUUACUGUCCGACAUUUCUCGAUGGGCCUGAUGGAAGCAGGAAGAAGCACGGCGAUCAGAAACCACCCGCCCUCUCAGCGCCGACUCCGAGUCGGGCAACGCAAGCCGAUUGUCAAGUCAAGCGGCGCACACGCCGGCAUCCUGCAGAGAAUUCGGCGCUCCCGGAGUAUGAGUCCCUGGUGGAACUGGCCUGCCCGGUGGCAUGCGUCUCAGCGUUCUGUCAGGCCGCCCUUUCGAAGAUUAUCCCCGACAGCUUUUGGGGCAAUGAGAAGAACUGCCAUAACAAAGCUGUGUUUCUCCGCAAGGUAGACCAUUUCAUCAAGCUUCGGCGUUUCGAGACGAUUUCAUUGCAUGAGAUUGCACAGGAUUUCAAGGUU